AUGGACAGCAUUCAUGAGAUACUUGAGGGGAUUCCAACAAAUAUCACAGAUCAAAUGAACAGAAUCCUUGUCAAACCUGUUGAUGAACAUGAAAUUAAGACAGCUGUGUUUUCUAUGAAUCCUAAUAAAGCCCCAGGAAAUGAUGUGAAUAAGCUCAAACCUGUUUUAGAUAAGUGCAUAAGCAAAAACCAGUCUGUUUCUGUGGCAGGCAGACAGAUUCUUGAUAAUGUUAUCCUAGCUCAUGAGCUCCUACACAAUCUGAAAAACAAAAGGAAAUGGCAUAUGGGAUGCAUGGCUGUUAAAUUGGAUAUGUCUAAAACCUAUGAUAGAGUCGAAUGGGAUUACUUGAAAGCUAUAAUGGACAAAAUGGGAUUUUGUGAAACUUCGAUAGAUUGGAUAAUGAAAUGCAUUACUACUGUGUCUUAUUCUUUCAGUGUUAAUGGAGAAGCAAGAGAGUUUGUAAAGUCAGAAAGAGGACUAAGGCAAGAUGACCCUCUGUCACCUUACAUUUUCCUCAUUUGCUCAAAAGAUGAUUCACUGAUAUUGAGCAAAGUAGAUCAACAGGAGGCCAAAAAGCUGAAGAUAAUUUUAAAACCGUAUGAGGCAGCUUCAGGUCAGCUUAUCAAUUUGGAGAAAUCCUUAGUGUUUUUCAGCAAAAACACUGAUCAGAGAACAUUAGAAGCAAUAAAGGAGGGGCUGAAAGAGAUCCAGACAAAAGAAAAUGGACCACUGGAAAACAAAAUUGCUAAGCCUAGCUGGCAAGGAAACUUUGGUGAAAGCAGUGACAAUGGCUAUUCCAACUUGUGCCAUGUCUUGUUACAAACUCCCAAAGAAGCUAUGCAAGGAAAUCUGCUGAUGGCAAGAUGCUGGUGGGGACAAAAGGACAAGAAAAACAAGCAACAUUGGAUAGCAUGGGAAAAAUUCACCAAGAACAAGGAAGAAGGUGGAAUGGGAUUCAAGGAUAUUCAAAUGUUCAACAAGGCUUUGUUGGCAAAACAAGUCUGGAGAAUAGUGACACAACCAAAUCUUUUGGUAAGCAAAGUACUGAAAGAGAAAUAUUUUCCAAAAGAUUCAAUGCUAGAAGGCAAAGUGCCAAAGAAUGCAUCCUGGAUUUGGCAAAGUCUAAUGAGUGCUAGAGAAGUUAUCGAAGAUGGCUGUAAAAAGAAAGUUGGGAAUGGAAGAGACACUAACAUCUGGAAGGACAAAUGGAUUAACAAUGACAAAAGUGGGAGGAUAAAGACACAGAAACCAAAGGGAAGUGACCUGCAAAAAAAUCUCACAACUCAUAGUUCAACAUAG